UGGUUCGCCGCCAUGAUGGAUCGUGAAUUUCGUCGAAAAAAGCUUGGAUAAAACACGAAAUAGAUGAAAAUGUGAGGUGGUAGGAGCGGUUAGGGCCAGCUUAUAAGCUAGAUGGAAUUAUAUCCUACCGCCUCCACCUAAAAUUUCCUAGUUUUGAUCGACAGUUUUUGUGUAAAUUUAAAUAGCAGUAUCGUCGGACCUAAUUAGCAUAUUCGAGGUCGUCAAAAUGAGUAAGCUGUCGUUCAGGGCCCGGGCGCUUGACGCCAGCAAGCCUAUGCCGGUUUAUGAGGCUGAAGAUAUUCCUGAUUUACCAGAUUUUGCAGCCAUUAAUCGUGCAGUACCGCAAAUGCCCACGGGAAUGGAGAAAGAAGAGGAAUCGGAACAUCAUCUUCAACGAGCAUUAUCAGCACAACAAGUUUAUGGAACAUCCGAAGUCUUGGUCAUCCCGAUUCCCGAGAUUGAUGCUGCUAACGAAGUUCAUCAUGAUAAACUGUAUACAUCCGAUUACAAGCAGCCAAAACAGUACAUCCAUGUACAAGCAUUUAGUAUGGAUCAGGAGAUACCUGAUUAUGACAUGGACAGUGAAGACGAGAACUGGCUUCAGAAACAAGUGAAGAAAAUGGAAGUGACGCCAUUGCAGUUUGAGGAGAUGAUGGACCGGUUGGAGAAGGGCAGCGGUCAGCAGGUUGUGACCUUACAGGAAGCCAAACUUUUGCUCAAGGAAGAUGAUGAUCUAAUUAUUGCAGUGUAUGACUACUGGCUGAACAAACGAUUACGAAUGCAACAUCCUCUCAUUCCAUCUGUCAAGACCGAAAAACGGGACGGCUCGACGACGAACAAUCCAUACGUGGCAUUCAGACGCCGCACAGAAAAGAUGCAGACGAGAAAGAAUCGUAAAAAUGACGAAACAUCCUAUGAGAGGAUGCUCAAACUACGAAGGGACCUCAGCCGGGCAGUCACGUUGUUGGAAAUGAUCAAACGGAGAGAAAAAACGAAAAAAGAACUGCUGCAGCUUACCAUUGAGAUUGUUGAGAAAAGAUACCAAGUUCAAGACUUCAACGGCACAUUGUUGGCUGAAGCUUUGGCACAGAGACACAAAAUACCUUCAUUCAUUCCUGUUAACCAGUUUGCUCCGGGCAGAGAAUGGGCGAGAAAAAAAUCUGAGGAUAAUGGUUAUGUUAGGAAGAAACGUGAAUACAAGAAGAGGAAGCAUAAACAGGCCUCUGCAGUUCCGUCAGUCAGUACGCAACCUACGCCCCAGUUACCUCAGUACAAUGAAGUGGAUGUGUUACACACCGAUGCUUACUCAUCAGAUGACGAAGCCAUUUCUCCUGCCAUGUCGCCGUCUGAUCAUGAAGAUGAAAAUGACCCUGAUGGUAUCUAUGCAUUUAGGAGGAAGAAGGGCUGUAGCUAUUUAGCACCUGUCACUGGUACUCUUGGGAACUGGCCGUGGUCAAGUCCAGAAGAAGGUGGAGCUGGUGAUCCAAGAUAUAGAUAUGUUUUAACGUCAUUGACAACGCCGCGGCGAUGUAUAGGUUUUUCUCGGCGGCGUGUUGGUAGAGGGGGAAGAAUAAUACUAGAUCGGGCACAUACAGAAUGGGACGACUGUUUAACAGAUUUAGACUUGACCAGCUCAAGCUCAUAUUCGGGAGAUUACAGCGACUUCCUAUCACAUAUCCGAGACAAUAAUUGGUUGCAUUUCCGGCCGCGAACGCCACCAAUCGAUGAAUCGCCACAACCAGGGACUUUAUCACCGCCAUUGGAAAUGGUGACGGAAUUCAAUUUCGAAAGUUUCCAAAAUCACCAGGAGCAGCUCUUACAAAUGCAACGCGAGCAGCAAGAACAAAUGCUACGCUAUCAAACUACAGACUUAGAUAGUUCAGUUGACUUAGAACAUUCCUUUUCUUCGCAACCGACGUCGAGGUUUACCCUGGAUUCGGCGACUGCACAAUUUGCUGCUUCUGCGGUGGUGAAUUCGUCGGUUCAAGUCGCUGUGGAGACUGUUCCGCUGGUUUCUGUUGGUGCUACACAACUCACUCACACUUCUACUACAACGCUCACUAACGGACCAAUUAACACUGAUAAUAAAAGCAAUGUAUUUUCCACUUCGCCAGCAGCCACUGUGCUACAGCUCAACUAUCCCAUUCUAACAAGUUCGGGGACUACGGGUAGUCAGUCAUCAGUAUCAUCAUCAUCCUUAGCGUCAUCUGCGGCAGCGAAUGUCGUCGUGGCGACAACAUCAUCCAUGUCAUCAAGUAGUCAGCCAAUCGCUGUCGUCAAUACAUCCUGUUCCCUGCCAUCUUUGCUGAAAAUCCCUGCCAAGAAUUCAACGACCACCAUGCAGGUCCCUUUAGAGAAUCAUGACAGUUCAUCACCUGUGAAUAGUAUUGUAAAAGACAAUAGUGCAGUGCUCAUGGAAGUUACUUGACGUGGCCGUGGUGAUAAAUAGUGCUGAAAAUUCUCGCCAGGCGAUGCUGUCCGUCAGUAAGGCCACUGUGUGGCUCUCAAUGUUCCUCCGGUGUGGUCUGUUGCCCAGUGAAGUUAUCUUGUGUUAUGUGCUGUCUGUUAGUGGACUGUUGGUCAAGGGGUUCAUGGAGAAUCCUUGCAUGAGCUCCUUUCAAUCACAGACCAAGUUUCUGUUGAGAGUUUCUCAAUGGUGAAGGGUUGGGGUUCAAACAAAGGGAGGAGUUUCAUCACAAAGUGCUGCCAUCACCCUGGAGAAUCGUUUCCCCAACUCUCCCUGAGAACCUUAAUCUUGUGGACUUUGUGAUGAAAGUCUUUCAAAGAAGUUGGCCCCACUGCAUGCUUUGGAGAAAGAAACAUCAAGUUGGGCUUGCAGUGGGCUGUUCGGUAAAACACAUCUUCAAUUCGAGUUCUGUGAAAUCUAAAUAUGUAUCUGAAUUUUUGAAAUGAUACCCAUAACUACUUAUCUUUAACAGCAACACUGUCUUUUGUAAAGAAAACAAUAGUUCGAAAAUAAUUAUGUCUAUGAUAUUAUUGUAAACACACUCCUUAAAAAUCAUUGUAUAAACCCUUUGACUAUGUUGUUUUGUACAUCUGGCAUUGGCUUUCUAAAUAGUAAUCAAACACCUGUAUAAAUUCGUAGCUCUUGAAAUGGAAAUGGAUGGUUGGUUGUUGUGACCUAUAGCCAACUGGAUUGAAUUGAAAAAGAAAUUAACUAUGUCUCGGUCAAGUUACUUAAAAUGUAUAGGUGUUCGAUGUUGGCUGACAGCAAAAUGUGCAUUGUCUUUUGUGCGUUUUCGUGCCGUUGUCUUGCAGAAAUGUGUAGCUAGAAGGUACUAUCCGUCUUGAAAUAAUGGACAAUCAUACUGUAGAUAACGUAAUGAAAAAUGUGUGCACCGAUAUGUGCUGUUUGAGGAAAUGAGUGAAAGAUUUCACCACUUUUGAUUCGUUAAAAAGAGGCCUUCUUUGUCCAUUUGGCUCAGUAUCAUCUGUUGUACGCUGCAAUAUUCAUGCAAAAACCAUGAAUCGUUUCCGUUCGAUAGCUGGAGCCUUUGUGAAAAAAAGGACUGCGUGUUGAUGGCAAUUUACAAUUAAACUAUUCAUUCAUGCUUGCUGCAUUUAGCAGUCAAUGCAAAUUGUGAUUUCCUCACUUUCUUCCUCUUAUGUUCAUUAUAACAUGAAUAAGACACCUCUUGAUAACUCGAGGGCAUUCUCUGGAUGUAGUAUUCAGAACCUUAUGACAGAAUUCAAUGAAUUAACUGCUAAAUUAUUUGUUAAAUGUGUUGAAAAUUCUCAUAAAGUGCAUGUCAAACUAAAUUAAUUAACACCAAGAAUGUAUUCAAGAGUGCUAGCUGUUAUUUGCAUGUUUGUGACCAUUCUCAACCCUUUAGAGACUGGACCACAGUAAACUUUGCACAUAUGGGACACGCAUGAACUGGGAUCAAUGUGAAACAUGAAGAGGUAAAAAUGUCUAAAAGUUGUACGAAGAUAACACAUAAAAUGUAGUAUAGGGGAUGAGAGUGUAUAUAAUCUGUCUGCAACUGAUAAUAAACAGUUGCUGUCUGCUGUACCUGACUGUGUAUAAACCAUACCUUUUCUGGUGAAAUUACACCCAUGGUUGGGUAUGUCACAAUGUGACGCUAAAUUGAAGCCCAAUGGUAUAAAAAAAGCUUAAGUUCAAUCAAUUUUGCAUAAUAUGAGAUUACUGUGCAUACAUGUGUUGUUAUGUUUGAGAUGUGGACUGCUUUCUAAAACCAUUUCCAAGUGAAGAGGGAACAGUGUGAUUUUGUCAGUGUAGACCAUUUCUCUUGUAAUAAGGAGUUGGUAAACUGAAGAACUGUUAAACGACCAAAAUUUGAAUGUAUCUUUCUUGUUUGAUGAUAAGGGAAUCCUCUGCAUAAGAAGUCUUUGAUUUCACUUGAAAAUUUGGUGUGACUUGUACACAGUCAGCUAUGGUAAUCGUCUUGGUUACGCCAAUACACUUGUCAAUGUCCAGUGUAACAUUACUCAUUGCUGUUUGAAUUAAUGAAAUGUUUAGUCAAAUGACCGGACAUUAUUCUGUGAUAAUCGUAGUGCAUGGUACGCUAUGAAAACAAACCACCUGAAUAAAGAAUUUUCUAAAAAACA